AUGGGUGACCGAACGGACAUCGAAAAACUGCAGGAAAUGGUGAAGCUACUGAUGGAUGAGAGAGAUGCGGAAAGGGCGGCCCGAGAGGCUCUGGAAAAGAAGAAUCAGGAGAUACAACCCGUGAUGAACAUGUUCAAUCAUGGGAAUAUGAUUACCUUUCCCGAAGGACCUCGUAUUGACGCUAAUAAUUUCGAGUUACGCAUGCCCCUUAUUCAAAGGGUCGAGCAAACUCCUUUUGCAGGUAGGGCUACAGAGGAUGCUAACCGCCAUCUCUCCAAAUUUGUGGAGAUCGCAAACACUCUCAAACUGAACGGUGUCGACGACGAUGCCAUAAGGGUAAGACUCUUCCCCUUUUCAUUAACUGAUUCUGCUAAAGAGUGGUUUGAAUGUAUGCCCAGAGAAAAGGUCUCCACAUGGAAGGACAUUGUAGCUGCCUUCCUCGACAAGUAUUAUCCGCCGGGCACAAUUUUGAAGCUCAAAAGCGAGAUCUUCCAAUUCAUCCAAGGCCAGGACGAACCCCUCUAUGAGGCGUUUGCUCGUUUCAAAGCCCUUCUCCGAAAGUGCCCUAACCAUGGUUUCACCGUGGACCACCAGGUAGGGAUUCUCUAUAAUGGGUUUAACGAGAAAAUUUGUGCUAUGCUUGAUUCAGGUGCAAAUGGAGGGUUCUUAAGGAAGUCAGGUGAGGAAGCCAUGGCGGUGAUAGAGGAAUUCGCCACCAACAGCAGGGGGUGGUCGAAAGAAAGGCAUAGCCUAAAAAGGAUAGCUGCAGUUGAAGAAGCCGAGGAAAGCUCCUUUGCAAAGGAAUUGGCCGAGCUUCGAGUUAGGGUGGACCAAAUGGAUUCAUCAAGGAAGGAGGACCCGAUUCCACCAACCUCCAUUAUAGCAGUCUCUAAGCCUGAAACUCCUACCCCGACAGUGGAAGAAAUCAACUACAUGCAAGGAGGCGGCCCCAAUAGAAAUUACAACAACAACUAUCACCCUAAUCUCUCUUAUUCUAACAAUAAUUACUUGCAACCCCCCUCAGGAUUUAAUGUUAGCAAGGGAGGAGUAGUUGAGACACUCAAGAAGGAGGAAAAGUAUGAACAAGGGAUCACAAGGAUCUUGGAGGUAAUCGCGCAAGACAGGAAGGUUAAUGACACCAAGAUCGGAGUGGUUGAAGCCAGAAUAAACAACCUCGAGCAGGGAAUGAACACGAUCUCGACUGCCAUAACCAACAUCAACACGCAGAUGGAGCAAAUCCAAAAGAAGUUAGAUGAGGACAGGGCAAAGGCAGCCGCACUAGUGGACGACGUCAACAAAAAGUGGGUGGCAAAGCAGAAAACUGGGGACUGCCCAGACGCCGGCGAACCGCCGCACACCACGCGGCGGACCGCCACUGAAGCCCAGAAUGGAGUCUGCCCAGCCGCCGGCGGACCGCCGCACACUACGCGGCGGGCCGCCACAGAGAAGGCAGAAGCACCCGCUCAGCAAGGACUCGUGCGGCAUAAUGGGAUUGUGCUACCUUUCCAGCCAAAGAGGAAGUUUAAGCUCGAAGAGCAGUUCAAACAUUUUUUGAACAUGUUUUGUAAAGUUCAUACUAACAUUCCUCUAGUUGAAUCGUUGCAGGAAAUACCUAAAUAUGCGAAGCUACUAAGGGAGGCAGUGAUGAGAAAGAGAAAGCCGACAAAAGCCGACCUUAAGCUACCACAUCAUUGCAGCGAGAUCAUCCAAAAGGAGAAGGCAGUGAAGCAAAGAGAUCCGGGCCAAUUCAUUAUCCGAUGCCGGAUUGGAGAGGGAAAGGUUGACAAGGCCCUAUGCGAUCUAGGAUCUUCCAUCAAUCUCAUGCCACUGAAGUACUACGAAAAGCUCAACAUUGGGCCACUCAAAACUUCAGACGUAACACUCAGGUUGGCCGAUAACUCGACCAUAAAAACUUUUGGUAUGAUUGAGGAUGUCUUAGUGAAAAUAGAUGAUUUCAUUUUUCCCGCCGAUUUUAUUGUGCUUGACAUGAAAGUAGACAAGAAUGUCCCUCUAAUCUUAGGGAGAGAUUUUCUCGCUACUUGCAAAGCUUUGAUUGAUGUAGGUCGUGGCGAGAUCACAAUUAGCGAUAACCAUAGCCAAUCCACCUAUAAGAUCGAAAGCGAGAUGCUCAAGUUUGAGGAAGCAAAGUAG